UAGGACUACAUCUCCCAGGAUAGAUAGUGGGCUGUUUACAUAUACAGCCACCACAUCUAUAAACGACAAAGUCAGGGUUUGCUUCCUGAGACAGACAAGUGGGCAUCUACCUUUAAAUCCUGAAAUAUUUUAUUGUGCAUAAAGCGAAAUCUCGUUCACACAGUAUUCUCAGAAUUGUAGUCCUGCAACCUUUGACCCACCACAUACAGGCUGCAGAGCAAACUACAUUUAGCAGAUAUCUCGAGAAAAAACGGCGACUGACAAAGUGUGGAACGUUUGGUUCAAUGUAAGCACGUUGUGACAGCUAGUGCUGUAAAGAAAAGAGCAAGGUAAUGCCCUGAAAUACUAGAUACAAAGAAAGAAAAAGGCAAGGGCUAGUGACAGCGUGGGAAAAAGUAACACAAGCAGGUAGACAGGAUGGCUCUGACAGAGGACUUGAAAGAACAGGAGGAGGCCAGUCCCAGUCAGGAGGAGAAGAAGCAGGAACCCCAGCUCUGGAAGUGGUCUGUUAUCUUCCUCUGUUUAUAUGGAUUCAUGGCUCAGCUCAAACCUGGAGAGAGCUUCAUCACCCCCUUGCUGCUGAGUAUAGAAAAGAACUUCACCAGGGAAGAGGUGACCAAUGAGAUCACUCCAGUUCUGUCCUACUCUUACAUGACGGUUUUGGUGCCGGUGUUCUUACUGACAGACUAUCUGCGCUACAAGCCCGUGUUGAUCCUGCAAAGCCUCAGCCACAUCUCAAUUUGGCUCCUCCUGCUGUUGGGCACAAGCCUGCUGGAGAUGCAGUUCAUGGAGUUCUUCUACGGCAUCACCAUGGCGGCACGUGUGGCCUAUUCCUCCUACAUCUUCUCGCUAGUCACUCCCUCCCUCUACCAGCGAGUGGCCAGCUACUCGCGUACCUCUGUGUUGUUGGGAGUCUUUACCAGCUCUGUCCUUGGCCAGCUCUGUAUGUCUGUGGGGGAAGUCUCCUUUGGCACCCUCUCAAAGAUCUCCCUGGGCUUUGUGAUCUUCGGCUUCGCACUAACAUUGUUUUUGCCAUGGCCCAAGCGAAGCUUGUUUUUCAACAGGAAAUUGCAGGGAGCAGAGGAGACCUCGUCCACAGAGUUGGACCAGAUGAACCGCGAUUGCCUUCAGUCCACCGCUGUUAAACCAGUGUCUGCCUGGCGGAACUCUGUGUUUUUUCAAAUGCUGAAGGAACUUUUGAACGUGGUCAAGCUUCCCCAACUGCGACUGUGGUCCUUCUGGUGGAUCUUUAACUCAGCUGGGUACUAUCUCAUGGUCUAUUACGUCCAUAUACUCUGGAAUGAGGUCUACCCAGCCAUUGAGAAUAAACAUGUUUAUAAUGGUGGGGUGGAUGCCGCAUCUACUCUUCUAGGUGCCAUGGCUUCAUUUGUUGCAGGGUAUGUGACAAUCCGCUGGUCUCUGUGGUCUGAGCUUGUGAUUGGCAUUGUCACAGCCCUUCAGGCUGGUCUGCUGCUACUCAUGAGCACCACAUCAAAUAUCUGGGUGUGCUACGUCGCUUAUGUCUUGUUUAGAAGUUCCUACCAGUUCCUUGUGCCUAUAGCCAUUUUCCAGAUCGCUUCCUCUCUCACAAAAGAACUCUGCGCCUUGGUGUUUGGAGUUAAUACUUUCCUUGCCACAAUUUUGAAGACCAUCAUCACAAUUAUCGUUGCAGAUAAGCGAGGACUGGCUCUGGCGGUACAUCCGCAGUUUUUAGUUUAUUUUGGCUACUUCACAUUGCUAACUGUGAUCUACUUCGGAGCAGCAGCCAACGUUAUCAUCAAGCACUUCCGCAGUGAGAAGAAGCCAGCGACCCCGAACCAGAACGCAGACACAGAGCUGUGCAGUACAGUGAUGGUUGGCAACAACGCAGAGAAACUGACCAAUGGGAAGGUCUGAAACCAAGGAAUGUAUUUCAAAGGGUGGACAUUUCUGUGAUAAAUGAUUUAUACCAGGGAUGCUUUUCAGAUUACAAAAACAUGGGGUGUUUUUAGUCAGUGACCCUUGUCUUCAACUAGCGUGGUCAUCUUGGUCAUUAGUAGUGGAAAGUAUAUUUCUACAAUGUGUAGACAGAUACACAGAAUACUGGUAUCGAAUGACAGCUGUGAAUUGUGCGUUCUGGGACACAUUGACAAUUGGACGGCUCUGUCAGACAACGCUGGAAUUCCAGAUCUCAACAAGUACUUUUUAGAAUAGAAAUCUAGAGUGAAAAAAAAAAAAAAGCAGCUACAAUUUUAAUGUUUUUUUUAAUAUACUAAUAGAAAGCGCAGUCAUCACAGUGUUAAGAAUACUGAAAUUCUGCCCAAUAGCUCAUAUCAGUUAUAUGGCUUUAAUAUUUGAAUUUGGGAGCCAGUUGUAACUAUGUAUGCAUGUACAGUAUGUAAAAUUUACCACCACUGGGGUCUAUAUCAAAAUCAAGCAUUUCUAUGCUUUCUUCCAAUUCAUUUUUUUUUAUUUAGUUCUUGUGCACUUCUUUCUCAAUUCAAUAGGCAUAAUCAUAUCAGUACCCAGCACUUACUGAUUAAAUGUUAGUGUGUAACGUAACUCCAUUGAAGUGGGUGUGUUGAUACCCCUUGCACUUGAUAGCUAUAAAAUGGUCCUUUAGAGUAAGUCUGACUUUUAAAAAAGCACUUAAAGGAGAACUGUAAUGCAAAUUAAUAUAUAACAAUUUCAGUAGACAACAUGUUAACUAAA